UACAUUUGUUUGUCCGAUCUUUGUUGGCUAACACUAGUGCGCAAAGCUAUUCCUACAAGUUAGGCAUAUCUUUAAAUGUUUAACUGAGUACAAAGGUGCACGAACCUCACCUAGACAUGGAUAAGGAGCCAUCAGGACCCUCUAGCCCAGGCUCAAGAAGUGCAGGAGGCUUCGGUGUGUUUGGAUCUGCUGGCCCUCAGUAUUCAAAGACUGAGCUCGCUGGAGUGCCAUUGACAGGCAUGAGUCCUCUCUCUCCAUACCUUAAUGUGGACCCCAGGUAUCUCAUACAGAAUACAGAUGAGUUUAUUUUACCCACUGGAGCAAACAAAACGAGAGGACGCUUUGAACUGGCCUUUUUUACUAUUGGCGGAUGUUGUAUCACAGGUGCUGUUUUUGGGGCUGUAAAUGGACUUAGAAUGGGCUUGUCUGAAACCAGAAACAUGGCUUGGUCCAAACCUCGCAAUGUACAGAUCCUGAAUAUGGUGACCCGCCAAGGUGCCACAUGGGCAAAUACAUUGGGUUCAUUAGCUCUGCUGUACAGUGCGUUUGGGGUGAUCAUAGAGAAAGCCAGAGGGGCAGAGGACGACCUCAACACGAUUGCUGCAGGAACCCUGACUGGUGUCCUCUACAAAUCUCCAGGAGGUUUGCGGGGCGCAGUGCGGGGCGGUUUGGUUGGGCUGACGCUUUCUGGACUCUAUGCUUUCUACAAUAACUGGGACCAUCUGAAGGGAAGCUCUCCUACCCGCUACUGAAGCUUCUCUCAAGACACUCAACAACUGAAUCCACAAAUUGCCAAUUUUUCAAAAUACCAAACAUGAUUGUUUCUUUCUAAAUUCAAUGUCCAUUAACUUUAAACGAACCGCACUUUGAGGCUUCAAAUGCAUGACAAUCUCCUAAAAAUAUAUCGUUUGAUAUAUGAGCAAUGUUUGAAACUAUUAAAACUUAUUUUAGACAAAAGUUGAGUUUAGUGUCCAUUAACGUAACUGAUAGAUUAUCAGAUGUGUAAUAUAACCUAUAAUGGCUUUAGUACCAAAUAGUGCAGCAAGUCGUUGCUUGUUUUCAGCAGGCAUGCAAAACUGCAGUCUGUAAUUGAGUUUAAAACGCAUGUUUGAACGAAACAAAACGUCGCAGUAGAAACAGAUAAUGAGUGUUUACACAAAUUCAUUGCUAUAUCGUUUGGUAAUUAUGUAUGAAAUGAUACUUGGGCACAUUGCCAGCACUGUGUUAACGGACACCAGAAUGUAUGUGUAACUAGAAGUAAAUGUUUAUCAAUUCUGUUAAAAGGUAAAUAAAUCUGUGCUAUAAAAA